ACGCAUCAAAACAAUAACAAAAGCAACUGAUCGAUCGUGUACGUUUUAUCGUUCGCGGACGGCCGACAAAUUGUAGCUUUUUCGUGCGUGUGUGAGAAUCAAUCGCAUCCUUCGGCCACAGCCAUGCAUGAGGCUUACAUUGUGUAUCCGCCGGAGAAAAUCUCCGUGCAAAUCGAAUCGAUGGCCGGGUUCGAUAACAAACUCAUCCUCGGCACCAGGCAGGGCCACCUGCUGAUGUAUUCGUUCGAGCCGAACGCGGAAACGAACAAGCUCGACCUGCAGCUGCUGCAGUAUGAUAAAAACUUUAGCAAAAAGCCCAUCACGCAGAUCGAUGUCAUUCCGGAAUACACGCUGCUGUUCAGCCUGACCGAUGGGCUGCUGAACGUGAACGAUUUCAGCCGGCACGGCUUUCCUCUGAUUCAUUCCGCCCAGCGCACAAAGGGUGCGAAUGUGUUCGCGCUGGACAUUAAGCGAUCGAAAUCAUUGACGAGCGAAAUAAAGAUUGUUUGUCGCGUGUGCGUGGCGGUGAAGCGGAAGCUGCAGUGCUACUACUGGAAGCAGCACGAGCUACUUUCGCUCGACAGUGAGAUCGAUUUGAACGAUGUCCCGAAGACGGUGGCGUGGAACAACAACUUCAUCUGCGUCGGGUACAAGACGGAGUACGUGCUGUACGAUAUGUCCGCGUCACAGCCCCGCAAGGUGGACCUGUUUCCGACGAGCUCGUCCAAAACGAUUGAACCCUGCAUUACGCUGAUCGAGGACAGUGUGUUUGCCGUGGUAAAGGACGAGUUCCUGAUCACGAUCUACACCGAAAAGUAUCGGGUCGAUGAUCGGGAUGGGCCCGGAAACAGUAUGUCCGGGUCGGUAAAGCCGGCCGAAGCGCUCGCCUCGGUGAAGGCCGAUGCGGCCAAGCGAACCAUGAACCUAAAGUCCCUCAUCUGGAGCGAACCGUUCCAGUGUUUGGCGUGGGACGAACCGUACGCCGUCGGGCUGAUAAACGAUGCCAUCGAGGUGCGCGUGUUUGACAACGUGCAGGAGAAGGGCACACUCAUACAGACCAUUCCACAGCUGCAAAAAGCAAGGUUCCUGGUGCGUGGCAAGCAGGGUCUGCUGUAUGCGGCGUCCGUGUCCCAUUUGUGGUGCAUUCAAGCGGUGGACAUUUCCAAGCAGCGGGAACACUUGCUGCAGGAGGAAAACUUCCAGCUAGCAUUGAAACUGACGCACAUUUCCGACGAAAGUCCCGAGUUUAAGGCCACCAAAAUCAACGAAAUUCAAACCCGCCACGCGUACAAUCUGUUCGUGAACAAACACUUUCGCGAAUCGAUGCAAGAGUUUGCCCAGCUCGAUACCGAUCCGAUCGAUGUGAUCCGCCUGUUUCCGGACCUGCUGCCGGACAGUGGUAAAAACAAGCUGAGCCACUACUCCGACAAGCCGGCCCCGGUGCUGGAUGAGAAGGAGCUGGAAAAUGCGAUCCUGGCGCUGAUCGACUACCUAACGGAUAAACGGUUCCCGUUGCGAAAGCUGGGCACCAAAUCGAACGCGGAUGGACCGACGGACAAAAAUAUGUCCGCACUGCUCGCCAUCAUCGAUACGACGCUGCUGAAGUGCUAUCUGCUCACGAACGAUUCGCUGAUUGCACCGGUGCUCCGGAUGAACCACUGCUAUCUGGAAGAAUCCGAACGGGUGCUGAAGAAGCACGAAAAGUACGUCGAACUGAUCAUCCUGUACCAGACCAAGGGCCAGCACAAGCGCGCCCUGCAGCUGCUGCACAUGCAGGCGGAAGUGCCAGGCUCUCCGCUGCACGGGCACGAUCGUACGGUGCAGUAUCUGCAGCAGCUGGGGUCCGACCACAAGCAGCUGAUCUUUGAAUUUGCCGGCUGGGUGCUGCAAAAGCAUCCGGACGAUGGGCUGAAGGUGUUUACGGAAGAGAUGCCGGAAGUGAAGAAUCUACCGCGGGCGGAAGUGCUCGACUAUCUGCUGAAAGACCAUCGGGCGUUGGUCGUCCGCUAUCUGGAGCACAUCGUAAACGUAUGGCACGAGGAGAAAGCUCUCUUUCACAACAUCCUCAUUCAGCAGUACCGGGAAAAGCUCAUCACACUGAAAAAUGAUAAGGAGAUCGAGAGUGACCCCCAAAAGAGAGAAGCGCUCGAGGAAGUUAGAGGGAAAUUGUUGACGUUUCUGAAAAAGUCCAAGUACUACCACGCGGAGAAGGUGCUCGGCGAAUUUCCCUACACGGACAUGUUCGAGGAGCGGGCCAUUAUUUUGGGACGAUUGGGAAAACACGAGAAGGCGCUGGCCAUUUUCGUGCAAAUACUCGGCGACUUUGAGAAGGGACUCGCGUACUGUGACGACGUGUACGACGUGAACGAUCCGCAGAACUGUGACGUGUACGUGACGCUGAUGAAAAUCAUUCUCACACCACCGACCGCCCCGCCGUACAGUGAUGUGCCGCUGCACCCGCGCUGCCUCGUGCCCGACCACGAGAUGGUGGUGACCAUUCUCGAGAAGCACGCGGAAAAAAUCAACCCCUACACGGCACUGCAGAUCCUGCCGGACAGCAUUCCGCUGGUGCGCAUCAAACACUUCCUGGAGAACUCGCUCAAGCUCUACCUCGAGAAGAAGCAGCGGGCGCAGGUGCUGAAGGGUUUGUACUACGCGGAGCAUUUGCAAAUCAUGGAGCAGAAAAUGCUGUGCGAAGCGAAACAUUUUCUCGUGACCGAUUUGAGCGUGUGCGCGGUGUGCAAGAAGAAGUUUAGCAAUCAGAGUGCGUUCGUGCGCCUGCCGGACGGUGUUAUAGUGCACUUUUCCUGCCAGGAUCGGAUGUUUAGCUGAGCUGGUGCGGUGUCUGGAUGCAGGCCGAGGAUCGCUAAUGCAUUGUAAUGCUACAUAGAAGGUAUUAAGGUAAUAAAAUCAUACCCAAUUGUUAUGAAUAUAAA